AUGUAUGCUUGCCACAUAAAGCUGUAUUUUGCCAUACUUGGCUUACUUGCACCAACAGUUAUUAAGCAAAAAGCUUGUAGUGGGUGGUUUAGUUUUAUGAAAACAGGAUGUGUUGCUCUUGUUUUAUGUUUGAAUAUCAGUGUGGACCCACCCAAUAUAUGUUGGGCAUUUUCUAUCUAUUUAGAAGCUGUUGCUAUUCUCCCACAGUUGGUUCUGCUGCAGCGAAGUGGAAAUGUUGACAAUUUGAUCGGUCAAUAUGUUUUCUUUCUUGGGGCAUACCGUGCAUUGAAUAUUCUCAACUGGAUUUUUUGGUAUCUCACACAGCCCCAUUUCAAUGGAUGGAUAUCCUGUUUCUCUGGCUUAAUACAAACAGCUCUUUAUGCUGAUUUCUUCUACUAUUACUUCAUAAGGUACUCAACCUCCAUUCCCAUUCUUUCUGUUCUGUCUUUUACUUUAAGCAUAAUCAUAAUAACACAGGCUUUAUGAGGAAGGGCAUUUACGUCUUUACUCUUCGCCUGGG